AUGACUCGUCUUGAAGCUAAAAGGCCUCCAUUAUUUAUUAAUGAACCUUUAAGUAAAGAUACAGUUAGUCAGUCACUGUCUCUGCUGAGUGGAAUAUUCAGAUCUUGCUAUGGUCCUGCUGGGAGACUCAAGCAGCUCCACAACGGUGUGGGAGGCUAUGUUUGUACAACUUCACAAUCUUCAGCUAUACUCAGUCGUCUUUCUGUCAGUCAUCCUGUGUUAAGUGUUUUGACGGCCUCUGUACAGAACCAUAUAUCCCGCUUCAGUGACUGUGGCUUAUUUACUGCCAUUCUUUGCUGUAGUUUGAUUGAAAACUUUAAAAGUUUAAAUGUUGCGUCUUGCGCUGUCGUUAAAAUAAGCAAGCAUCUUUUGAGUUUGUGUGUGGACUACCUCAAAUCUGAGGCCUGUGGUUGCCGAGUAUCUGUGGAUUUUAGCAGUGUUGAGACCCUUCUUUGUUUGGUACGUAGCAUAUUAACGAGCAAACCUGCUUGCAUGCUUAAUAAAACAGAAGUUGAUCAUCUCACCACAUUGAUUUUAAAGGCUUUUAUAUUUACUGUUCCAUGUCAUGUUGAGACUAAUGCUGUUUUAGGAAAGUGUAUAAUAGUACCUGUGAAAGGUAGAAGAGUUGUGGAGUCUACAGUUUUUCCUGGACUACUGAUAGAAACACCAGAAAUUCAAUUGGCAAAACCACUUACUGUCAGAAGAACUUGUUCAAACAUGGUCAAGACAGCGGUUUUCUGCGUGUCCAUGUCAGGAGACUGUUUUGGCCCUGAAGAGGGAACUGUAACAGUCCAUCAUGGAAUUUCUCUAGAAAUCUUGGAGCUGAAUCAGUUGCUUAAUGUAGGAAAGCAGCUGGUUAAUGAUGAAAUUGGCCUCGUAGUGUGCCAGAAAGUUAUCCAUCCGUCCUUGAAACAGUAUCUGAAAGAGAACCAUGUCAUCGCUGUGGACAGAGCUGGGCUAUCUCUGAUGGAACCCCUGAGUCGGAUGACAGGUUCAAAGCCUAUCGCUUCCAUACAUUUGUUGUCUCCUAGUUGUUACGGCAGUUUGAAAGAUGUGCGCAUUGAGAGCGUUGCUUCAAAACACUUUGUGCAUCUGAUUCCAAAGGACACGGUUGUCUGCAGCUUGAUACUCUGUAACAGAAAUGAAACAGCAUGGGAUGAAUUGAAGCGUGCCUGUGAAACUGCAGAACAUGUGUUACAGUUAACAAUCAAGGAACCUUUGGCAUUAUUAGGAGGUGGCUGUACAGAAACUCACCUGGCUUCGUACAUAAGACACAAGAGUUGUAGUCUGUCCACCAGCAUUUUUAAAGAUCUAGAUUGUUCUCGGACACAAUACCAGUUGGUUGCUGAUGGUUUCUGCCGUUCCCUGGAGUCUGUAGCUUGCUCUCUGAAUCAUGAUGAUGGAGAAAUUCUUACAGACACGGCUUAUGGACACUGUUGGUUUGUUCCAUCAUGUUUUCCCUCUGUCUCUAAUUGGUCAGACUUAGUUUCAAAAUGCGGCUGUGGGAUUAACAGUAACACUGAGAAUCUCAACUGGAGGCUGCUGCAAGGCCAGUUUGGGUCUCCUGUUAUACAGGGCUGCCCUAAAGGGCCUUCAGUAAAGGUUGCUGACUUUCUGACACUGGACUGUUUUGCUGCAAAGUGUAGUGGCCUACAAGUAGCUCUGGAAACAGCCAAUCUGAUUUUGGAUCUCUCAUAUGUAAUUGAAGAUCAAAAUUAG